AUGGCCCUCGUGGAUGCCGUGGCCGUGGUCGUGGUCGCGAGGAGGGGAGAGCGGGACGGGCAGAGCGAGGAGAGGGAAAAGGGGAAGGAGGGAGAGCAGGACGCGGAGGGCGGGGAGGGGGGGAGGGAGAGCGAGGAGCGGAAAAACGGAGGGGCAGAGCAGGACGGGGGCGGGUGGAGGAAAGAGAGCGGCGGAGGCAGCAGAGGCAGGGAAAGAACCAACGAGCAGUCAUCGCCGCAGAGGGCGAUCCAAAGAUGGGCGACAGGCACCCGCGAGCACGAUGGGCCUUCGGAAAGGGGACCUAGGGACAAAUCCAGCAAAAGGAGG